AUGCUAUAAAGAAUCGUGAGAUACUGUUUCGCUCAUGGAUCACACAAACCAACAGGCCCAAUCUUUGCUCCAUCUGUUUAGGACAAGAUGAUCUAUAUCAAUGUUUAUAAUGAUGGUGAAUUUGAAAGAAUUCCUGCCUAUAUUGGUGAAAGCCUUUUGACUGCACUUAGAAGGUUUCGCGUAACAAAUAUACCAGGUGACUGUGAAGGUGGAGAAAAGUUGGAUAGCAUCUUGGAGGAUCCAGUUUAGACAAACACUUUUGGUCCUUCAUGUGGAUCCUGCCAUAUUCUGAUUUCAUCACCUUGGAUUGAAAAGAUCAGAGUCCCAUAUUAUUUGGAAGAAUUGAUAAUCAAUAGAUAAGAUUAUGCUGUUGCCAAGCAUUCCAGAUUGGCAUGCGCUAUUAAAUUAGAGAAAUGGAUGGAUGAGAUGGAAGUAUCUCUUCCAAUAAAUGAAAAUUCAGAAAAUAUGUGAUUUCUUUAAAAGAUAAAUAAAUAUAUAUUAUAUAAAAC